CCUAAACUGACGCUCUCACACACGACCACUGAUCAUGAAGAUGAUAACGUCUACAAUGAUGAUUACGAUGACGAUGGUGUGUGUGUGUGUGUGUGUGUGUGUGUGUGUGUGUGUGUGUGUGUUCAGGUGGUGGGCUUCGACAGUGUGGACGAUGAGUCUAAACCAGAGCAACACUGCUUCAACAUGGAGAGUCCUCUGCCAGUCAACUGGACUGAAGAAGACAACCCUCCUUAUGCCUACUACCUGUACUAUAUGUACGCUAACAUGACCGUGCUCAACCACCUGCGCAGGCAGAGAGGUUUCAACACCCUGGUGCUGCGUCCUCACUGUGGGGAGGCGGGGCCUAUCCAUCACCUGGUGUCAGGUUUCAUGCUGUCAGAAAACAUCUCCCACGGACUACUGCUUAGGAAGGCCCCUGUGCUGCAGUACCUGUACUACCUGGCUCAGAUCGGCAUCGCCAUGUCUCCUCUGAGCAACAACAGCCUGUUCCUCAGCUACCACCGUAACCCACUGCCUGAGUAUCUGUCCAGAGGACUCAUGGUGUCACUGUCCACGGACGACCCUCUACAGUUCCACUUCACUAAGGAGCCCCUGAUGGAGGAGUACAGCAUCGCUGCUCAGGUGUGGAAGCUCAGCUCCUGUGACAUGUGUGAGCUGGCCAGGAACAGUGUUCUGAUGAGCGGUUUCUCCCAUAAGGUGAAGAGUUACUGGCUGGGCCCUCACUACAUCAAGGAGGGGCAGGAGGGAAACGACAUCCGACGCACCAACGUCCCCGACAUCCGUGUGGCGUACCGUUACGAGACCAUGUGUGAAGAACUCAACCUCAUCACCCAGGCCAUCCGCACAGACGAGCUGGAGGCCAUCACAGAAGAGGAAGGGACUUUGUGUAUGGGGCCUGUCUAG